AUGGCACCAACUGUCCAAACUAAUGAACAAGCUGAGCGAGAAAAACGUCCGCAACGUACUGGAGAAAGAAGGGCUGAGCUUGUUACACGGAUUAAGUACUGUAACACAUUACCAGAUAUACCCUUUGACUUAAAAUUUAUCACUUAUCCAUUCCCAUCUACUCGCUUUAUACAAUACAAUCCUACGUCUUUAGAGAAGAAUUAUCGUUAUGAAGUGUUGACGGAACAUGAUUUAGGUGUUCAUAUAGAUCUGAUUAACCGAGAUAUAUAUCAAGGAGACGGUAAUGCAGUAUUAGAUCCAGCUGAUGAAAAAUUAUUGGAAGAUGAUGUUCUUACGCCGCAAGACUCGAAGCGAUCCCGGCAUCAUGCUAAAAGUGUGUCGUGGCUGCGGCGAUCUGAAUAUAUUUCAACUGAGCAGACGCGGUUUCAACCCCAAUCUAUGGAGAAGGUUGAAGCAAAAGUGGGUUACAAUGUUAAGAAAAUAUUCAGCGAAGAAACCUUGUACAUGGACAGAGAAAGUCAGAUUAAAGCUAUUGAAAAGACAUUUGAAGACAACAAGAAGCCUAUAGAAAAACACUAUAGUAAGCCUGGAGUCACACCAGUAGAAGUGAUGCCUAUAUUCCCUGACUUUGACAUGUGGAAGUAUCCAUGCGCACAGGUUAUAUUUGACUCGGAUCCAGCACCUGCAGAUAAAAAUGUUGCUGGGCAGAUUGAAGCCAUGUCACAAGCUAUGAUACGAGGUGUGAUGGACGAAAGCGGUGAGCAAUUUGUCGCUUACUGUCUUCCAACUGAAGACACAAUUCAGAAAAGACGUCGUGAUAUUGCUGAAGGUAUUCCUUAUAUGGAUGAAGAUACAUAUGAGUAUAAAAUGGCUAGAGAGUACAAUUGGAACGUGAAGAGUAAGGCAUCUAAGGGUUAUGAGGAGAACUACUUUUUGGUGGUCCGAAAGAACUGUAUAUAUUACAAUGAGCUGGAAACCAGAGUACGUCUGUCGAAGAGACGAGCACGCGCAGGUGCGGCUGCGCAGGCGCUAACUAGGCUGGUGGUCACUCAUCGACCAUUGAGCGCGCCAGAACAUAGAAUGCUUAGGCUCAGGGAGAAACAACUAGAGCCCGCUCAGGAGGAAGAUGAAGAAGAAGACGAAGAAGAAGAAGAGGAUGAAGAAGAGAACAAAGAGCAGAGCGGAGCAAAGGAAAGAUCCCGGUCACGAUCGAAAUCCGGUUCAAAGUCUCCUCAGGGUUCGGAAAAAUCUAAUCGGUCGCGAUCCGGGUCUCGUGAGCGAUCUAAAUCAAGAAGUAGAUCUCGAUCCGCUUCGCCCUCUCGGAAGUCCAGAUCACGAUCUCGUUCAGUACGCUCUGGGUCUAGGAGGUCUCGUUCUGGUUCAAGGUCGAGAUCCAGGUCAGGAUCUCGUGCGUCAUCCAAAGCCUCAUCGCGCUCUUCUGGAAAAGCAUCUAGAGCCAGCUCUAAAGCUAGCGAAAAGGGCUCAAAAGCGUCAUCAAAGGCGAGUUCCCGCGCUUCGUCGCCAGCCAGUAAAAGAUCGUCACGUGCGUCAUCACGCGCCUCUUCCAAGGCUUCCGGUUCAAAAGCCUCCUCUAGGGCUAGCUCAAGGCGAAACUCGAGCGCUUCGGAAAGAUCUAGAAGCCCGUCCGCUGCUGGUUCCAAGCAAGGUUCUCGAAGUGGUUCAGCAUCAAGCGCAUCGUCUCGUCAUAGCGGGUCAGACUAA